GUAAGAAGUCCCUUCUCUCCGCACGCAGCGCAGGCAGCUCCAGGCGCCGACCUUCCCUGCCUCAUCGCUCCCGUCUUGCCGCAGAGGCGCUGCGGGGAGAUCAGGACUGGACAAAGGGAAUCUAAAAAGCCCACCCUGUGCACUGGGCAGACGGCACCGAUGGGGGAGGGGAAGGCUGGACGCACCCCAAGACCUUGACCCCUCAAUCUCAUCCCUGCGUAGAUCACCCAGCAACUAGGACACCUCUCCAGGGCCAGGGUGACAGCCGGGAACUGUGGAUGUGGACUUGGCUCGGCCCGGCCGGCCUGCCCUAACUGGAAACUGAGCCAAGCCGCGCACCCAAGGCUGGCCCGGCACCUCCGCUGAGCCAGCUCUGGUCCUGCAGGGGUGGGGAGGGGUCUCUGGCAACUGGACCCUGAGCUCCCGCGACCCUUCCUGUUGCUCUCCUCACCCCUGGGGGUACCGCAAGGAGAGACUGUCUGUUCUGCUUAUAGUGUCCUUGGUCCCCAACCCUUGGAUGGCCAUGUCCUUGUCCCUCACGGAGUCCCCAGCCAGCCUCACAAACUCUUAGUCAUCGUGAAAAACCCAGGGCAGCACAGAAUCUCAGGGUCUCCAAGCAGAGCCCAGACCCAGCGGUCAGGCCCCCAGUCCCUGCAGUCAGGGUCCUCCAUCCCGGCAUGGAGGGCUCUUACCCCACACCACCUCUCCCGGAUGUUGGGCCCCUGGCAGGAUCUGCUGAGGCCUCUGCACCUGGCAGGGAGAGGUUGGGGGCAGAGGCAUUGGGAUUGGCACUCCCUGCCCGCAGCUCCCACCUCUGCUUAGGCAGGGCAGACCCUGGGCUCCGACUCCUGCCCCAGCAUCAUGAGGUGAUUCGGUGGCUGCCCCAGGGAACCCCUUGUCCUUGCCCGGAACUCCCCGGGGUUUUACCUGGCCUGCUGCCACCAGUUUCCAGUGGAAGCCCAUCUGUCCCCAGAAACAUGGCCCCCGAGAGCCCUUCACAACCUCCGGUUAUGCCUCCAAAAGUCCAGGGAGGGGACAGCCCCUGCAGAGAGGUGGGCAGCCCUUGCUGGCUCUGCGCUGGUGUCGGGAGGAGUGGUCUUCUGUGGGUGCCUGUUCUUACCAGGUCCUGGGCUUGGAGCCCGGGCCCCCGCCGACCUCAGUGGGAUCAGAACCUGAAAGCCCCUCUUGGGGGUGACUUUCUCAAGUGCUGUCAUCUCAGCCUCCCUGGGCCCAAGUCGGUUGGGGAGCCAGGCCCUGCGGGUGCCUCAGCCCAACCAAUCAACCAGAUGGUGCUGCAGCGAGGGCAUCUCUGGCCUGAGCUGGGGGAGGAGGUGACCUCCUGGGACCCACCCCAAGAGCAUCCACAGCCAGUGACAGGGUGAAGCUGAGGGGCCCCACAGAUCCCAGGCCCAGGGCUUAGUGGCUGUAAGAGCUGGGAGGAGCCUCAUCCUCCAGGGCCGUCAGGGAGGGCAGAGAGGUAGCUGCCAGAUGCCUGUUUCCCGCAGUGCGGCUGCUUGUUGCAGUGAGAGUGACAGGUGCCCCGGAGCCGAGCUUGCACAUGCAGAGCCUUUGUCCAACGAACCCCCAUCCUUUGGGCCUUUCUUUUC